UUUCUUCACCAUUGUCUCACCUGUCAUUGCUCUUUUCUCUUUCUUUGCCUUUUUGUCCACUGCUUUCUCUCUCAUCACUCUAUUUCCCUAUAAACAAUCCAAUUCGUGGACUAGUUUUUCUGCGUCUCUAUCACAGCUUCGUCCCUCUCUUUUAUCUCAUUUUUAUUUUUUGUUCAAUACCCAUUUCCAGAAUUCACUGAUUUGUCUUCUGAGUUUCAUCAUGGAGGAUGCCAAAGUGGUGGAAGCAAAAGAUGGAACCAUUUCUGUAGCUUCUGCAUUCGCUGGCCAUCAGGAAGUUGUACAGGAUAGAGACCACAAAUUCUUAACAGCAGCAGUUGAGGAGGCAUAUAAAGGGGUUGAAUGUGGAGAUGGAGGUCCAUUCGGUGCGGUUGUUGUUCGUAAUGAUGAAGUACUUGUGAGCUGUCACAACAUGGUUCUGACAAACACCGAUCCGACUGCACAUGCAGAGGUUACUGCAAUAAGAGAGGCAUGUAAGAAGCUCAACCAAAUUGAGCUAUCAGACUGUGAAAUCUAUGCCUCUUGUGAGCCUUGCCCAAUGUGCUUUGGUGCUAUACAUCUUUCAAGAAUUAAGAGAUUGGUCUAUGGGGCCAAAGCUGAAGCAGCUAUAGCUAUUGGAUUCGACGAUUUUAUAGCAGAUGCCUUAAGGGGUACUGGAUUUUACCAAAAGGCUCACUUGGAGAUCAAAAGGGCUGAUGGUGAUGGUGCUGAAAUUGCGGAACAAGUUUUUGAGAAUACAAAAGCCAAGUUUCGUAUGUAUUGAUUUCUUCAGCUUGCUGCCUAACUAUCACAAUCUUUAACUUGAUGCUUAUAAUCAGUUCAUUGCAAAAACUAUUUGAACAUGCUGGAAAAACCUAGCUUAUGAUUUGGGGGUUUGUCCCAUAAAUGGGAUAGGAUUGUUGAUCUCAUACUUGUAUGUCAACUCUCCCUUUGCUUUCUCCAGAAUAUCCCAUAAAUUCUUCUCAAGAAAAUGAUGAUUGAACUGGGCAAUGCUCUAUUUGAUUGCUAA